AUGAUUAUGACUCGCGGUAUAUGGUCUCUUAAUCUGUUAAACUCUAUAAAGAUCGUGAUUUCUCUUACGUUUCUACAAAAAAUUUCACUCAUCAGCACUACUGCAUCACUCAUUACAUAUACGAACAGCCCAAUUCAACUACAUCGUCCUCAUCAACGCCUAACAUGGUUCGACUUCUUACUAUUGUUACCGUGCUUUUUGCUAGCGCAAGCAGCGUUGCUGCUUCGUACUGCCAGUGCCUUUACUCAGACGCUAGCCACUGCUGUGUUAUUGACAACCUAG